GUACUGGGGUCAAACCCAGCCUUUACCCCACGCGGUGCACCUGGCCCUGGCACCUGGCACCGUGCAAGACUCCUUCCCUGUGAGUAUUCGCCACCCAGAGAACUCUGCUGCACCCCCAAGGAGACUUUAGGACCACCUCCUGUCUCAGCCAGCCAUUCUGUCCUCAACAAAGGUCACACUUUGAACCAUAGGCUUCAAACGUGGACCACUCGAACUACACAGGUCUCCUAGAUGAGCCUUCAUUGACAGGACUGCAGGUGACCAAGAGCAUCGAGCCGGGCUCCUACUCCAGCGGAGCCAGGUCCCCUAGCCAUCUUGGCCCCGGUGUGACCAGGUGGUCAGCGGUGCACCCCUCAGGGCUCUUGAGGUUCGGGAGGGGCUAAUGCCCUGUGCUCUGCUCACAGAAAGUGCAGAUGAAAUUAACGUGAUAACCACUCCGGAAAAUCUGAAAAUGCCUUGACUUUAAGGAUUGAGAAGAGGGGACAGGAGAAAACCACUGAGUCAGCCUCAUUUCCAAACUCUCAACAAGGACUUGGGAAGCAGAGUGUGUGAAGUUCAGAGUCUCCACUGCCUGGGGAGCCAUGGAUGCUGUGGAACUUGCCAGAAGGUUGCAAGAGGAGGCCACAUGUUCCAUCUGCCUGGACUAUUUUACUGACCCUGUGAUGACGGCCUGUGGCCACAACUUCUGCAGAGAAUGCAUCCAGAUGAGCUGGGAGAAGGGGAAGAGCAAGAAAGGGAAGAAGAAGCAGAAGGGCUCCUUCCCCUGCCCCGAGUGCAGGGAGAUGUCCCCUCAGAGGAACCUGAGGCCCAACCGCCUGCUGACAAAGGUGGCCGAGAUGGCCCGCCAGCACCCAGGGCUGCAGAAGCGAGACCUGUGCCAGGCACACCAAGAGCCCCUUAAGCUGUUCUGCCAGGAUGACCAGAGCCCAAUUUGUGUGGUCUGCAGGGAGGCUCAGGAGCACCGGAUGCACAGGGUGUUGCCUGUGGAUGAGGCUGCCAGGGAUUAUAAGAUGAAGUUGGAGGAAGACAUAAAGUAUCUUCGGGAGGAGUUGAUAAAGACAGAAACGCUGCAAGCCAAGGAGGAACAGACCUUAACUGUGUGGCAGGAGAGAGUGAAGGAGCGGAGAGAGCGAAUCUUGGAGGAGUUCCAGAAGGUGGUCCUGUUUCUGGUGGAAGAAGAACGCAGGCUUCUCCAGGUCCUGAAGAAGGAGGAAGAGGAUACCUUGGGGAGGCUGCAGGACAGCAAGGCCUGCCUGGAUCACCAAGGCCGCUCCCUGGACCUGCUCUUGCUGCAGCUGGAGGAGCGGAGCCAGCAGGAGCCGCUCCAGAUGCUGCAGGAUAUGAAGGACACCUUGGCCAGGAAGGAGAGCCUCAGCACGCAGUACCCAGAAGUGGCCCUCCCCGUGGCCAUCAAGACCGUGUGCAGAGUCCCAGGGCAGAUCGAGGUGCUCAAAAGUUUCCAAGAGGCUGUGGUGCCGGACCCCAGCUCAGCGUACCCCUAUCUCCUCCUGUACGAGAGCCGCCAGAGGCGAUACCUGAGCCCACCGCCAGAGGGCAGCGCCCCCUACAGCAAGGACCGGUUCGUAGCCUACCCCUGCGCUGUGGGACAGAAGAGCUUUUCCUCUGGAAGGCACUACUGGGAAGUGGGCAUGAAUCUCACCGGGGAUGCACUCUGGGCCUUAGGCGUGUGCAGGGACAACGUGAGCCGGAAGGACAGAGUGCCCAAGUCCCCGGAGAACGGGUUCUGGGUAGUGCAGCUGUCCAAGGGGAAGAAACACUUGUCCCUGAUAACCGACUCCACUCCGGUCACACUCACGGAGCCUCCCAGCCACAUGGGCAUCUUCCUGGACUUCCAGGCCGGGGAGGUGUCCUUCUACAGUGUGAACGAUGGGUCCCACUUGCACAGCUUCUCCCAGGCUACCUUCCCUGGGCCGCUGCUGCCGUUUUUCUGCUUGGGUGCUCCAAAGUCGGGCCAGAUGGUCAUCUCCACAGUGACCAUGUGGGUGAAGGGAUGAGGCCUGGGACCAGGCACAGUCGCUGGGCCGUGCCCUGGUUCCCUGGAAGGCAGGACGCUUCACCACCGUGGCCACCUACCCAGGCUUUCGCUGGGGCGCUAAGAGGCAAUACCUAUGCUGCAGGGCAAUUAACCGAAAAAAAAUCACGAUUAAAAUGCUCAAAUAUGAA